AUGGGAAAUGCGAAGUUGGCCGAGCCAACAGUAUGGGCGUUGGGCGAUGGCUCGAAGACUCCAUCGUUGCAACAUGUGUCAUCUCUCGACAGCCAAGAAGUCGCAGGAGAGGUCCUCGAUGUUUCCGCACCGUUGAAAGUGUCUAAGGCCAGAGGAGUCGCCAUGAUAGUGACCCUGUCCGGCAUCAGCUUUCUAAACACGAUGGGCUCCGGCAUCCUGAUCGCAGCCUUGCCUCGCAUCGCGCACGAUGUCGGGUUGGACAAGAACUUGAUCUUGUGGCCAGCAGCUGUCUAUGCCCUCGCAGCAGGUUGCCUCCUCCAUGUCUUUGGCAGCAUCGCCGACAUCCUCGGGCCCAAGCCCACCUGGGUCGCCGGCAGCUUCCUGUUCAUCAUUUUCACGGUGGCCCUCGGCUUCGCGACCACGGGCAUCCAGGUCAUCAUGUUCCGGACGUGUCUAGGCGUCGCCAUGUCCAUGUGCUUGCCAACCACCGUCUCCCUAAUUACAAACACGUUUCCCAAGGGUAAGUGGAGGAACACCAGCUUCGCGAUGAAUGGCAUGGCUCAGCCCUUGGGGUACGCCCUAGGCCUGGUGCUCGGCGGCGUCUUCACCGACACGAUAGGGUGGCGUUGGGCAUACUGGAUCAUGGCCAUCGUCAACUUCUGCGUGUCCGCCGUCUCGAUCUGGUCCCUCCCCAACAUCCGACACAUGUCGUCAAAGCCCUGGACGCGGCGGCUCAUCGAGGACGUGGACUGGAUCGGAGUGGCAGGGUUAAGCACCUCGCUAGGCCUUAUAAUGUACAUCCUCGCAGUGGUGACGUCCGACUACCGCAAGAUCGGUCAGCCCGCGACCAUCGCCCUGCUGGUCGUGUCGCUGCUGCUCCUCGCGGCCUUCCCUCUCUGGAUGAAUCAUCAGGUGCAGCACAAGCGGCCCGCCCUGAUCCCCAACCGCCUCUGGCGGCAGCCCGCCUUCACGGCAGCGUGCCUGGGCGUCUUCUUCUGCUGGGCCUCCCUGAACGGGAUCGAGUACUUCACCACGCUGUACUUCCAGCAGGUGCAGGGCCUGUCGGCGCUCGACUCGUCGAUCCGCUACUUCUCCCAGAUCGUCAUGGGCACGUCCAUCAACGUCGCGCUCAUCUACCUCAUCCCCCGCGUGCGCGUGGUCACCCUCUGCGUCGUCACGGCGGCCGCCACGAUAGUCUCCCCAGCGCUCAUGGCCACGGCCGCCGUGGACGAGAACUACUGGCUGCGGCCGUUCUGGGCCCUGCUCCUCUGCCCCGUCAACCCGUGGGUCCUGUUCAGCGUGUGCAACCUCGUCAUAUCCGACGCCUUCCCGCCCGAGAUCCAGUCCCUCGCGGGCGGCGUGUUCAACGAGGUCGCGCAGUUUGGGAACUCGGUGGGGCUGGCGGUGACGGCUGCCAUCGCGGCGUCCGUGACUGAGCACUCGGCCAGCAUGUCGGAGAGGGAGGCGCUGAUGGACGGCUUUCGAGCUGCUUUCUGGACGGUCUUUGCGAGCACGGGCAUGGUGAUGAUUGUCACCUUUGUUGGCUUCCGAAAGAUUGGCAUAAUUGGGAAGUGA